GGCAGCAAUGUGCCGCAACUUGCUUGCAUGUAGCUGACUGCCAAAUAGCAGCAGAAGAUGACAUCGAUUCUUUCGUAAUUUUUCCAAGUUUACAUCGGGGUGAAUACGUUGCACUACACCCUACCAACAGCGUUGCAUUAUUAGAGAUGUCUGGACGUGUGUGCGCCAGCAUCCUUCAAAGAGCUUCAAGCUACACUUCGACGCUUUCCUGUACUGCCCCAUUACAGUACACCCACUUCGUAGGAUUUCCCUCAUCUCAGCCUCGAGCAGCAUACCAAUGUCACUUCUCAUCCUGGGGUAACGUUACCUCCAGAUCAGGGUUGUACUUUACUGGUGAGGAGUCCGGAAGUUGGUCUCAAAGUGGGCGGAACCUCUCAACUCAUCAGGACCUUGCCUUCCAGCUCAGCCGGGUCCAAAUCAACAGUAUUCUGCGAUCUAAUGAGCAGACGGUGAGUGUGCCAGAGUUUGAUGGCAGGGGACUCAGUGCUGUGAAAAAGUUUGAGAGCAACCAGUUGGCUGCUAACACACCUAAUGAGGAUCGUCGUAGUGCAGCCUCCUGCUUACAGUCAAAGGGCAUGCUCUUUGGAGUAUUUGAUGGCCAUGGGGGCUGGGCAUGUGCCCAGGCUGUCAGUGAGCGUCUGCUGUACUACACUGCAGUUGCAAUGAUGUCAAAGCAGAUCCUGGAGGAGCUUGAGAAAUGCAUUGAGCAUGGCAGAGCUGUUCCUCCCAUCUUGCAGUGGUACAAACACCAUACAGACUUUAACUAUCGUGAAUCUGCUUCCCUCUACAUUGACCACCUGAGAGUCUUCUGGCAAGAAUUACUGGACAGUGAGGAACAUGGUGAAGGCAUGAGUCCUCUGGAUGCUCUGGACUGUUCUUUUAAACGGCUCGACGCUGACAUCUCCUUGGAGGCUCAAGUCCCCUUUUCCAAUGAUCUGAUGAAAAGCACAGCCAUCCAGGUUGCGUUUGCUGGUUCCACUGCCUGCGUCGCUCAUGUUGGCACAGACAGGAUCCACGUGGCGAAUUCCGGUGACUGCCGAGCAGUAUUGGGGGUGCUGGAGGAGGACGGUUCAUGGAGCGCUUUGCCCCUUUCCCAAGACCACAACUCACAGAACCAGGCUGAGAUGGAGCGGAUCAAGGCCCAGCACCCGCCCUCAGAGAGUGACACAGUGGUCACAGAUGACAGACUGCUCGGGGUUCUGAUGCCCCUCCGUGCGUUUGGUGACGUAAGAUUCAAAUGGAGCCAUGAGUUGCAGCAGAGCAUUUUAGCCAGCCUGGAACCUGGAGUCGACCUGGACUCUCUCAACCUGUACCAGUACACUCCACCUAACUACCUAACUCCACCCUAUCUGGAUGUGGCACCCGACAUAACCUGUCACAAGCUGAGACCUCAGGACCGCUUCCUGAUCCUCGGCACUGACGGGCUGUGGGAUGAACUAGGGAACGAGGAGGCUGUACAACUCGUCGGAGAGCACCUGAGUGGGAUUCACCUACAGGCUCCCGUUUCUCCAUCUGAGAGGCAGAUGAAAUUGGGUCAGAUGCAUGAACUCUUGCUGAAACGCCAGGCCCGUGCCUCCCCUGCUUUAGACACCAACGCUGCUACACACCUCAUCAGACAUGCUCUGGGCACUGGGGAGUAUGGAGAACUGUGCCAGGAGAGGCUGGCCUCUUUGCUCACUUUGCCAGAGGACCUAGCUAGGAUGUACAGGGACGAUAUCACAGUAACUGUGGUGUAUCUGAACUCUGACCUGGCCAGACACAGCUAACAGAAGUUUUUUUUUGUUUUGUUUAUAUAUAUAUAUAUGUGUGUGUGUGUGUGUGUAUGUUCCAGGCUGUCAUUUUCUGGAUAUUUUGGGACACAAAGGAUGAUCAUUACAACCUGUUGCAUACAUGGGUUUAAAAAUAUUUUUGAAUGAACGGGCAGUUUUCAGUGUUGUAUUAUGCAGUGCAGGUACAAGUAAAGAACCACUGUCCCACAGACUUUGUGGAGAAUAUAUAUACAUACAUACAUACAUACAUACAUACAUACAUACAUACAUACAUACAUACAUACAUACAUACAUACAUACAUACAUACAUACAUACAUACAUACAUACAUGAAUGAAUGAAUGAAUGAAUGAAUGAAUGAAUGAAUGAAUGAAUGAAUGAAUGAUGGCAGUAAUCACAACGCUACAGAAUAAUGCAGACACUCCUUUUGUUCGCUGUGUAAAUGUUUGUUUCUAUUUCUCUUGCACAGUUUGCUCUAGACCAGUGCGUGCAAUGGGCCAGUACUGCGUCCCGGCAAUUCUGAUUUUUUGUCCACAUGUACCCUUACCUUUAAUUGUUAUUAAUAGGCUGAUGUCAUUAAUAUCACAUAUAUACGGCCUAUGGCUGAUAUUUGUACCAUAAUAGGCUAUACGUCAUGAUAUAUUGGGAGAAACCAAGCAAUUCUAUGUAAAAUAAGACAUUCAGCAACCCCAUAUAGGCUGAAUGGAAUGAUCCCUUUUUCAUAACCACAUUUUCAGACACUGCGUCAAUUCGAGUGUAAGAUUGGCAGUCGAAUCGGGCUCCUUAGAUCGAAUUGUUGAAUAGUCAACUUAUACGGGGCCACCCCUACAAGAUAUAUGCAGAAAAUAUAAAUAUAUUCAAGAUAUAUACGAAUGUCAUGGAACUGCUGAAUUAGGGUACUGGCACUUUUUUUUUGACCAAUUCAGGCACUGCUCUAGACCAUCCAUCUGUGAAGUUAUUUUUCUGAUUACUUGGCUGUUUACCUACGUGUAAGCUGUGAAGUAUAGUUUUAAUGUGUAAAUGUACUGUCUUCAGUGUGGUUGUUAGAAGUAUAUAAGUUGACACUCCACUCAAAGGUGCAGAGGCUUCAUAUUAAACAAUUGUUAAAUUA